AUGCAAAAACUUACAGAUAAGCAUGACAACUGGAAACCUAUAGUGGGAGAUAUUCUAACAUGCCGAUUCUGUGAUGCCCUGAUAUGGAAAGGAGAAACUAGAAACCAAUUGCAGUGUUGCCAACAAGGCCGCGUAAAACUCCCAAAAGUCCAACCAAUACCACCAGAACUACAAAAGCUGUACGAUGAAUCUCCGGAAUUUGGCAACCACAUCCGACUGUUAAAUUCACUAUUAGCAUUCACUUCAACGGGAGCUAAAGUGGAUCAUUCAGUAACAGGCACACCUGGACCAUUCACAUAUAGAAUCCACGGGCAAAAUCAUCACAACAUAGGUUCUUUGUUACCAAUGGAUGGAGAGGACCCUCAUUUCUUGCAACUAUACAUUUUCGACACUGCAAAUGAAAUCUGUAAUCGUUUGAGAGCAAUGCCCCCAUCAGGACAAAGCAAGCCAGUAAAUGAAGAAACUCUAAGAAUCCUCAUAUCAAUGUUGGAUAGAAUAAACAGGCUUGCAAAGAUCUUCCGGAGUGCUAGAGAUCGGUAUGAAGAUGGUAAUGAAUCGGAAUUCAAUAUCAGAUUGAUUAGCCAAAAACACCGUGGAAAGCAGUAUGAUUUACCCAGUUCAGAUGAGAUUGGCGGUUUGAUUGUUGGGGAUUUCUCCGCAUCAACAAUAGGACGAGACGUAGUCUUGCAAUACAAGUCUUCUGAAUUGCAACGAAUCAGUGAUUUGCACCCACUAUUUAUGAGCCUCCAGUAUCCACUGUUGUUCCCUUACGGCGAGUAUGGAUACCAUGAAGAAAUACCAUACCACAACCAAGAAGCCAGUCAACUAAAGAGGACGUCUAUGACAAUGAGAGAGUAUUACGCUUACCAAAUCCAAACACGACUUUCAGAGGGGCUGACAAUAGUUAAGGGUGGAAGGUUAUUCCAUCAAUUCAUAGUAGAUGCCUACACUGCGACUGAGCAAGAGAGACUGCGGUUCUGUGCUCUGAACCAGAAACAACUAAGGGCGGAUCUGUACAACAACGUUUAUGAUGCUGUCGGCAGAGGAGAUACAGAUGCAAAACUACUUGGGAAAAGGAUAAUACUGCCUUCAUCCUUCACAGCUGGCCCAAGAUACAUGGUUGAGAAGUACCACGAUGCAAUGGCUAUAUGUAGGUGGUUUGGAAAUCCAGACUUAUUCAUCACAAUGACGGCGAACCCAAACUGGCCAGAAAUCAAAGACCACCUCAACACAUAUACAGCGGAAUCCUCAAACUCCAGACCGGACUUGCAGUGCAGGGUCUUCAAGCUAAAACUAGACCAAAUGCUGUCAGAUUUCAACAAAGGCGUCUUUUUCCCCGUCCCUGUUGCAGUGGUAUAUACAAUAGAGUUCCAAAAACGGGGCUUACCUCAUGCCCAUAUUCUUCUCUGGCUAAGAGGUAUGACCACUAACCCAGAACCUGACUUGAUCAACGAAUUCAUCUCUGCUGAAUUACCAGAUAAAGAAAAAGACAAAGAAGGCUACGAACUGGUUAAGUUACAUAUGAUGCAUGGCCCCUGCGGUCUAGCGAAGCCAAAUUCACCAUGCAUGGAAAAGGGCGAGUGCACUAAACGGUAUCCAAGAGACUUUAUUGACACCACCACGGUCGAUAAAGCAGGGUUUAUUCUCUACAGGCGCCGGCAGGAUGAUUCUAAUUUUGUUAUCAAAGGAGGCACAAAAUUAGAUAACCGACAUGUAGUCCCGCAUAACCUCAAACUCCUGAAAAAAUAUAAAGCCCAUAUAAACGUGGAGUGGUGUUGCAAAACAAGCGCAGUAAAGUAUCUCUUCAAAUAUAUAACCAAAGGAGUGGACAAAGCAACUGCAGUGAUUGAAAAAACAACCAAAAGGGCCAAUAAAAAAGAAGGGAAGAAGCAGAAAGAGGAAGCAGUCAACGAAAUCACUGAUUACCUUGAAUGUCGGUACGUCUCAGCUUGUGAGGCAGCUUGGAGGAUCUUCGCGUUUCACAUACAUUUUCACAAACCAGCUGUCAUAAGGUUGCCCGUUCAUCUACCUGGUCAGCAUAGAUUGGUUUACGAUCAGACAGACAACUUGGAAGUUGUUCUAUCUAGAGACGGUGUGGAGAAGACAAUGCUCACCGAAUGGAUGACUACAAACAAUAACAACCCAGACGCCUGCAAACAUACAUAUGUUGAGUUCCCUAAAUAUUAUGUUUGGACGAACUCAAAUAAGACUUGGAGCAAAAGGAAACAAGGGCAAGCAAUUGGGAGAAUAGUCAACAUUCAACCAUCUGCCGGGCAAACUUUUUACCUCCGUUUAUUGUUGAACAUACUUAAAGGCAUAACAAGUUUUGAUGACAUAUUAAUUAUUGACGGCGUAAGACAAUCAUCAUAUAAAGAUGUCUGCUAUGCUAUGGGAUUACUUAAGGAUGACAAAGAAUGGCACGAUGCAGUUGAUGAAGCCGCUAUUUGGGCAACGGCAAAACAGCUACGGUAUUUUUUUGUCAUGCUGCUCCUCUAUUGUGAGGUCUCUAAGCCACUCAAUCUAUGGAAUCAUUGUUGGAGAUACCUAGCUGAGGAUAUUCUGCACAGAAGACGGAAAGAAUUCGGGUUCAAGCAGUUAGAACUAGAAGACCCACAGUUGGAGCAAUAUACACUCAUUGAAAUUGAGGAGUUAUUAAUGCAGAACGAAAGAUCAUUAGCAGAGUUUGAUGAUAUGCCAAAACCUGACAAAGCAAUUUUAAAAGACAUCUCCAACAUGGUGCUUAGACAAGAAACACAGUUUGAUGAGGACGAAGAAAGAGAUGAACACAACCGGCUAUUCUGUACUAUGAACAAAGAUCAACGUGAGGUCUAUGAUGCCGUUAUGGACUCCAUUGAAAAGGGUAGUGGAAGGCUUCUUUUUGUCAACGGACCAGGAGGGACAGGAAAGACAUACCUCUACAAAACAAUAAUAGGAAAGCUACGUUCAGAGAACAGAGUUGUCAUUCCCGUGGCAUCAGCUGGAAUUGCUGCACUGUUAUUACCAGGAGGAAGAACUGCCCACUCACGGUUUAAGAUCCCACUUAACCUGACAGAAUGCGAAAUAAAUCCAGGUACAGUGUUAGCUGGGUUAAUCAACAAAGCUGAUUUGAUUAUUUGGGACGAAGCACCAUUGGCACAUCGUAUGGCAUUUGAGGCGGUCGACCGAACAAUCAGGGACAUCAUGUCAUUAGAAGAUGAAACCGCUUUGGGGAAACCAUUUGGCGGGAAAACAGUUUUAUUAGGUGGAGAUUUCAGACAAAUACUACCAGUUGUGCCUCAAGGAAGUCGUCAAGAUACAGUACAAGCUUCGAUAAAUCGUUCAUACCUCUGGAAAUCAUGUCAGGUAUUCAUGCUCACAAUCAACAUGCGGCUCCAACAAACAGAUGCAGAUUUUGCCGCAUGGAUCUUAGACGUAGGCAAUGGAACCGCGGAGAAAACCAACGAGGGCGACGAGGAGAGGGUAGCUGUGCCAAGAGAUCUGCUACUGCCUAUUGUAGGCGAUCAGCUACAUGAGAUAACAACGGCAGCCUACCCUAAUUUCACUGAAUCAUUCAAGAAUCAUGACUACUUGACUGAACGAGCAAUAUUAACACCAAGAAAUGAAACAGUUCAAGAAAUAAAUGCGUACCAGCUUGCAAAAGUGCCCGGUGAGCAGCGAGUUUACUUGAGCUGUGACACCAUCCAAAAAGAAGCCACACCAGGUGUAUGCCUAAAAGUAGGGGUACCUGUUAUGUUACUCAGAAAUCUCAAUCAGAAAUCUGGAUUGUGUAACGGGACAAGGUUGAUCAUCACCAAGCUAGGAAACAAAGUUAUAGAGGCAGAGAUACUCACCGGCACCCGAGAACAUGUGGGGGAGAAGGUGUUAAUUCCUCGAAUUGUUUUAUCUCCAAACGACCACAAACAUCCAUUCACCCUCCGGCGCAAGCAGUUUCCAAUACGGGUAUGCUACGCAAUGACUGUCAACAAGAGCCAGGGACAGAGCUUAAAAAAGGUGGCAUUAUAUCUUCCACGGUCGGUGUUCAGUCACGGCCAACUGUAUGUGGCUCUAUCCCGUGUCACAUCUCCAUCAGGAAUGAAGAUCCUAGAUGCAACAGGAGCAACAACAAAAAAAGAAGGCGUCGUCAACAUUGUGUACAGAGAGAUAUUCAACAAUAUCAAAUCUUGGACAGAGAUCACGACGGAAAAGCCAGCAACCAGCCAUCAACCAGAAGUCAUGGAUAUGUAA